AUGUAUAAAAAGCUAUCUAGAUUAGACCAUGAAGAAAUUAAGAAGUUAUUGAAGAAUGCUGACAUUGAAGUUAGCAAAAGAUAUGCGACUAACAAAUCUUCAUUAGCUAAAUACCUCAAUGAUUACAGAGGUGUAGUCACUUACGAGAAAAUUAAUGAUUACAUUAAUAACAAAACAUUUCCUUUAAACGAUGUUCAGGUUAAUUUAUAUCAUAAACAAGCGGUACCGAAGGAAGUAAGAAAAGAAAUGUAUGAUAUAACUAAUGUUAGUGUUGGGGAAACGAGAAAGAAGAAAAGCGAUGAAGAAAAGAAAAAUAUAGCUGUAAAGUAUGCAAAAGCAAUUGCACAAUUACGCAAAGCAAACGAAGUUAUUAAAUCUAUAGACGAUAAAGCUCUUGAUGACGAAAAAUGGUUAAAGAAGGAUGAAAAUAAUAAACGCAAAAAUGUUAAAGCAGGAAAUAGAAUCAUAGAUUUUAAUAUUCGUGAACUCAAUGAAGAAAACAGAAAUUACCUACAUGAACGUUUCGGUAAAAUGUUUAUUAGGCUUCUGCAGAAGAUAAAAGUAAAUUCACAGCAAAAAUGGAUGAUUUGUUAUAAACUCGAUGGUAAAUUUACUAAUUCAACAUUGAAUAUCGAGAACAUCGGAGCUUUGCUUCAUCAGUUAAAGCAAGAAAACUUUAUAACAGAGAUUGAAGCAAACGCAGCCGGAAUAAUUGAAAAACAUUAUGAUUUCUUCAUGACAAAUAUUAAGAACCUCGAAGAAAUUAAAAUGUAUGAUUUAACCGAAUAUGAAGGAUUAACGAUGAGCGAUAUUAAGAAAGGUAAGCCACAGAAGAGAGAAAAAAGAGAUGAAAGCAAAUUAACAGCACGUCAGCAAAGAUUAUUAAACAGACUUAAAGAAAUAGGUGAUAAACAGGAUAUAGAUGAUUUUUGGAAUGAAAUUCUUGAUGAAAAGAGAACGAAUAAAAAGAGAAGCGGAGAGUUUUGGAAGUAUCUUUGCAGAUUACCUAUAAAUCUUGAACGCUAUCAAAUUUUCAAUGAACUUAACAAAAGAACUGCUAAGUUGAUGACAGAAGAUAACUGCUUCGUUUAUGCUUGCAUUCAGGCUGGAGUUGAUGAGCAGACGGUAGACCACAUGCGUGAAGUUAUUAGAGUUAGAGAUUUUCCACAAAGUAAGAUUCAGGAAAUUUCUAACGCAACAGGCAUAGCAUUUAAUGUUACCAUUGGUUAUUUCAAUGACUCUAGACAUAAUGAAAUAAAGAGAUAUAUACCAAAAGAAUGUGAAACUGUUCGAACUAUUGACUUACUUCUUGUUGAAGACCAUUACAUGUUAAAUGAAAGAUUACCUAUGACAACAUAUUUUAUCAUAAAUUAUAACGAAAUUCUCAAAUCAUUAGGCGGCUGGAAUAUUGAGCGUCAAAUGAAAAUAUAUAAGAAAAGGGAAAAUAGAUUUGUUAUUGAUUCUACGCGAACAACUCCUUUAUGGGAUAUUUUGAAAACAUUAAGAGAGUGCAAUUACUUUGAACCGUUAUCUUAUGGUGAACUUUUCACUUAUACAACAGAUUUAUAUAAACAAAAACUUGCACCGUUUAAAGAUUUAAAUUAUACCCCGAACUACUGUGUUCAGUUAAAGAAAAAGUCUGAAAGUAAAGAUAGUGAUAAAUCAAAACAAAAAUUCAUUCCUGAACACAUUUUCUUCGCUGACUUUGAAUGUAGCACUGAUGGAGUUCAUAAAGCCUUUAACAUUUGUUAUGAUAGUGAAGAUGGAAAGAUUAGCGAAAGCAUUUGGGGUCAAAAUUGUGCAACAAAAUUUUUAGAAAGAAUUCCUGAUAAAAGUUUAAUAUAUUUUCAUAACCUCAGUUAUGAUAUCAAUUUCAUUUUAAGACAUUUAA